ACCACGUCGCCUGCCUGAACCGGUAUACGGGGCCGGGGCGAUCGAGAUACCGCCGCGGAUAACGCCUCCAACCUAUCUCCUCCCCCUCAUCUUCCCAGGACCUCCGUGCCAGUACCUUGCGCGAUACAAGCUCGACACCCACGUCAGCCCAAUAUGACUCGCAUGCGCGCCUUCGUGGGCGAAAACGUCGUGCUCAGCGACGGGCUGCCACGCCCUGCCACCGUGAUAGCAGAUGUGGACACCGGAAAGAUCGUUGAUAUCAUAGAAGAAAUCACCCCGCGCCGCAGCUUCCACGAUAUCAUCGAGGACGCUGAUUACAUCGAUGCGGGGGACAAGUAUAUCCUCCCGGGUCUCGUCGACGCGCACGUGCAUCUUAACGAGCCUGGUCGGACAGACUGGGAGGGCUUUUGGACGGGCACCCGUGCGGCAGCGUCCGGUGGCGUCACCGCCCUCGUCGACAUGCCACUCAACUCUAUCCCGCCAACCACGACCGUCGACAACCUCGCGGCGAAGCGCGAGGCGGCGCACGGGCAGUGCUGGACUGACGUUGCGUUUUGGGGUGGCGUCAUUCCGGGGAACCAAGCCCACCUAAAACCGCUGGUUGACGCCGGCGUAAAGGGCUUCAAGUGCUUCCUGAUCGAGAGCGGCGUCGACGAGUUCCCAUGCGUCGCCGAAUCCGACCUCCGUGGCGCGAUGGACGAAUUGAAGGACUCCCCCACCGUGCUCUGCUUCCACGCCGAGUUGGAGCAGAACCCCGCGCCCGUUCCCGCGGCACACCCGGCGGACCCGACGCUGUACUCGACCUUCCUCGCCUCGCGCCCGCAGCAGCUCGAAAUCGACGCGAUCGCCCUGAUCACGCGCCUGCACGCGGAGUACCCCGCGCUGCGGCUGCACAUCGUGCACCUCUCGGCCGCCGAUGCGCUCCCGCUCAUCCGUGCGGCGAAGGCGGCGGGCCUGCCGCUCACGGUCGAGACGUGCUUCCACUACCUCACGCUGUCGGCGCAGCACAUCCCGCACGGGCGGCCUGAGUUCAAGUGCUGCCCGCCCGUGCGUGAAGACGGCAACCGGGAGGCGCUGUGGGCGGCGCUGCUGGAUGGCACGAUCGACUGCGUGGUGAGCGACCACAGCCCGUGCGUCGCGUCGCUGAAGAAGAUGGACGAGGGCGACAUUAUGAGCGCAUGGGGCGGGAUCAGCACUCUGGGGCUCGGGCUGAGCCUCCUGUGGACGGAGGCGCGAAAGCGGGGCGUAGGCAUCGACAAAAUCGUGGACUGGCUGUGUGUGAAAACAGCCAAGCACGCCGGGCUGGCCGACACCAAGGGACAGCUGAAAGUAGGGUACGACGCGGAUCUGGUGAUAUGGGACCCAGAAGGGCAGAUAGCGGUAACCAAGGAGCUGCUGAACUUCAAGAACAAGCUCACGCCGUACGAGGGGCUCACGCUCGCCGGAAAGGUCGAGAAGACGUUCCUGCGCGGCCGGCUCGUCUACGACGGCGUGGAGGGCGGCUUCAGCGGGCUCGAGCCCACGGGGCACCUUCUGUAGUCUAUCUUACCGUGGAAUCUGGCAAUGA